CCAGCUUCGGUUUCCUCACGGGCACGGUGACAUCACCUCCAGCCUGGAAACUCCAUUGGCCUCCCGCGCCCCCGCCUCUGGCCCGGUCCUCGGAGGUCCUAUAAAGAGGGGAUCCCAACUCAGUACCAGCACAGAACACGGUUGGGCUCUGAAGCUUCUGGGGUCUGCACUCCCAGCUCCAAGAAAGCCUCUUCUCCACCAGGACCAUGAAGCUCUGCAUCACUGCCCUCUCCCUCCUCGUGCUCGGGGCUGCCUUCUGCUCUCCCGCGCUCUCCGCACCCAUGGGCUCAGACCCUCCCACGGCCUGCUGCUUCUCCUAUACCACCCGGCAACUUCCUCGCGACUUCGUGGUAGAUUACUACGAGACCAGCAGCCUGUGCUCCCAGCCAGCUGUGGUGUUCCAGACCAAACGGGGCCGACAAGUGUGCGCCAACCCCAGCGAGUCCUGGGCCCAGGACUACAUUAACGACCUGGAGCUGAACUGAGCUGCCCCAGGCGUGGGCUCCGGCUGGGUCUUCGGGAUGGCGGCCGCAGAGCCUGGGGCUUCUCAGCCAGACACACUUUCUCCUCGCUCACCACCCCCUCCCCCCAGUGGCCCCGUCCCGUCUCCUAAUUUAAGCUUCCUGAUGUGCUGCGUGCGUGACUGUGUUUGGUGUUGUUUCCAUAAUUUAUGUGGGCGUUGCCAAGGGACACUUGUCCCCCGAGGGGACGGUCCACCUGCGCUGUUUCUCUGCUCUUGCGUGUACUCGGGUGAUGCGGGUGAUUCUGUGUUUUCAUAAUAAAACUGA